GAGGACCAACCUGUAAAUUGUAAUUGCUUCUGCAAUUUCACUUCACUUCUCAUUCCUCCAUAUCCAUGGAAGCCUCCACCGGACCUCCACGUAUUCCCUCUCCGUUACCGGCAAUAGACGUCGGAAAGUUAAAGCAAAACCUCCUGCAAAAAGGCGUCGACCCAACUCCGAAAAUUAUCCACACUCUCCGCAUAAAGGAACUUCAAAAAUUCAACAGACGCCUCGCAAAAAAAGCCGCUAAAGAACCCCCGCCACUCACAGAUACCCAAAAACAAGCCCUCGCCGAAGAAUCAUAUUUCCAAGCCGUUAAAUCAGAGUACAAAAGCUUCAAGAAAGAGGUGAAGGCCAAAAAUGAUGAAAGAAUGGUGGGAAGGCCUUGGGAGAAGAUUGAGAAACUCAAAUUGCAAGAGCUUUCCAGUGAGAGUAAGGUGUAUUCUGGUGAUAAAUUGAAUUCUGAGCAUCUGUGGGAGCUCAGUGAUAUAAUUGAGAGUGAAAGAGAUAAAUUUUCAUGGCUUUUGGAUAAUGAUGUUGAAAUCAAGCAAGGAUGGUUCGAUAACGAAAGGGCUAACUGGGAUUACAGACAACGUCGUAGAGGCGAAGCUGAGACUAUUCGGUUUAUCAUUGAUAGAUUGAGUGAGACAGAACUUGGUGUGAAGGAUUAUAAGUUUUCUAAGUUGAUGAAACACUCUGGAUUGCAGUAUACUGAGGAGCAAAUGCUGAGGUUAGUGCAAGGGCUUGGUGAAAAGGGACAGUGGAAACACGCCUUGUCUGUUGUACACUGGGUUUACACUUCUAAGGAACAUAGACGCAGCAAAAGCAGGUUCGUGUACACAAAACUGUUGGCAGUUCUGGGGAAAGCAAGAAGGCCCCGUGAAGCUCUUCAAGUGUUCAAUUUGAUGAGAGGGGAUGCCCAUAUUUACCCUGAUAUAGCAGCCUACCAUAGCCUGGCUGUUACACUUGGCCAAGCUGGUUUGCUCAAAGAGUUGAUCAACAUCGUUGACUGCAUGAAGCAAAAACCCGAAAAAUUAAAGUACAUGCGGAGGAAGAAUUGGGACCCUGUUCUUCAACCGGAUCUUGUGGUAUAUAAUGCUGUUUUAAAUGUUUGUGUACAAUCUCGCCAGUGGAAGGGAGUGUUCUGGGUUUUUGAGCAGUUGAGAAAGAAUGGUCUUAAGCCAAAUGGGCCAAGCUAUGGACUCGCAAUGGAGGUAAUGUUGCAAUCUGGAAAAUAUGAACUUGUCCAUGAGUUUUUUGGAAAGAUGAAGAGAAGUGGGGAAGCCCUAAAAGCUCUUAGUUAUAAAGUUCUUGUAAAAUCUUUCUGGGAAGAGGGGAGAGUCAAUGAAGCCAUUCAAGUGGUGAGGGAAAUGGAACAAAGAGGAGUUGUUGGAAGUGCCUCAGUGUAUUAUGAGCUGGCUUGCUGUCUUUGCUACCAUGGAAUGUGGAAAGAAGCAUUCUUGGAGAUUGAGAAGCUGAAGAUGCUACGUCGCACAAGACCUUUGGCAGUUACCUUUACUGGCAUGAUUUUAUCAUCCAUGGACGGUGGACAUAUUGAUGGUUGCAUAUGUAUAUAUGAACACAGUAAAAAGCACUGCGAACCUGACAUAGGAAUCAUAAAUGCCAUGUUGAAGGUUUAUGGCAAGAACGAUAUGUUCUAUAAAGCUAAGGAAUUAUUUGAGUGGGCUAAGACAGAGAGUCCUGGUCCUCAACUUAGCCAGGAUGAUUUUAGCUCUGCCCGUAGGCCAGAUGCAUACACAUACACCUCGAUGCUUGAAUCCUCUGCUUUCUCUCUCCAGUGGGAAUACUUUGAGUAUGUGUACAAGGAGAUGGCUUUAGCUGGGUAUCUGCUUGAUCAAAGCAGACAUGCGUACCUCUUGGUGGAAGCAUCAAAAGCUGGGAAGGUGCAUUUGCUAGAGCAUGCCUUUGAUGCAAUUCUGGAAGUUGGUCAAAUACCUCAUCCAUCAUUCUUCUUUGAGAUUCUAUGUCAAGCUACAUGUCAGCAUGAUCAUGAAAGAGCCCUUGCUCUAAUUAAAUUAAUGGUUCAUGUUCCAUUUCAAGUCAGUAAACAAGAGUGGAUUGACCUAUUCAACAGCAACAAUGAAAAACUUAGCCAUUCUAGUUUGAGAGGAUUAUUGGAUGUGAUAUGCAGGCAGAGUUUGGGAUCAGACGCGACCAUUGUAAACUUGUGCAGGGCAUUGGAAUCUGUUUGUGGAUCUUGCACGUCAAGUAUGCUUAUAAUCAAUGAACCUGCUAAAUUAACAGAUGCCAGCGCUUUGGCAGCUGACAAGGAUGGAAGUCUAUAUAGAUGCAAUGCUCCAGCUAAUGCAGAAUUACCCCUCCAGCAUGUUCAAGUUGAUGAAGCCUACGAUGAGAGAGAAAAAGGUGCUGACAGGGAGUUAGUUUCGGAUAUGUCACACUUAAGUCACAGAGAAGAUAUGAGAGCUGGGACGAACACAAUCUUUGAGCUUUCUGAUGACGAAUUAACUUUUGAUGACCAAUCUGAUUACUUGGAUGAUAUCGAUCAGUUAGAACUCGGGAUGUCUAGUGAUGAAGAUGACAACUCUAGUGAAACCAAGGUUCCCUCAGCGUAUGAUAUAUUGAAGACGUGGGAGGAUAUGAGGAAAAAAGAUGCUACAUUCUUCAACUUUCAAUUAGGCCAGAUGUGAAUUUCCUUCACAGAAAUUGCUCCUUCCUUACGAUGACAAGCCUCCUUUGCCAAAAGCGAUGAAAUGAUGCCGGAGAUUCAACCUGGUAAAAAUAGAGAAUUAUAGCACUGAGAUAGUUGAAGCAUAUGACAUGUGGUGUGAUAGUAAGAAUUAAUUUACUCAUUCUUCUCAAA